AUGGAUCAUGCGAAAUCACCAGAAGAGGCAUCAAUAGCGGAUCAUAAUCGCACGACAACCACUCCACCCUCCCCAGACGCAAGCACUCCCUCUCGCAGCGACUCCCAACGAGACCUUCUCGCCCGCCUUCGCAGCGCCACCGCGUCCCUCCCCUCCUUCAACGGAAGCACCUCCCAGAAGUCUCUCACCGACGCGCUCGCUACGGCCACCGCGCACACGCACACGCUCCUCGCCCGCCUACGCACCAAACUCACCCACCUCUCUACGCAGUACAACACGCAUACGGGCUACGCAGCGAUCGAAGGGCUCAAAACGCGCAUUGACGAGCUCGAGUCGUCCCUCUCCUCGGCCCGCUCUCUCGCGUCCACCGCCAAGCGGACCUAUCUGAUCGCCGUGCAGUCGCGCAGCGCCAGUCAGCGCGAAACGAACGAUCUGCUCUCGCGCAAGUCGUCCUGGUCCGAAUCGGAUCUGGGACGAUACACCGAGUUGCUGCGCAAGGAACACGCACUGAGCCGCGAGGAGGCAGAGGCGGAAAAGGUGUUGGAGAAGUCCGAGGCCCAGGUCCAAGCGAGCUUCGAUGAGUUGAUGAAGGCGGUAAUGGUCAGGUACCACGAGGAGCAGAUUUGGUCGGAUAGGAUGAGAGGCAUGAGCACGUACGGCAGUCUGGUGGUUGCCGGACUCAAUGCGGUGCUUUUCGUGGUGGCGAUCCUGUUGGUUGAGCCCUAUAAGAGGAGGAGGUUGGCAGAGACUUUCGAGACCCGAUUGGUGAGCGCGGAGGAGCAGAGUCGGGAGCUGAUCCUGGCUAGUGUGGAGCAGUUUCAGCGGUCAUUGGAUGCGUUGGCCGCGACGAGGACAGAGUCGGAAGUCCAGCCAGCAUCACCACCGUUCAUACCACCGCAGGUGGUCGAGCUGCGAGAGGCGGAGGAAGAGCCGGUCGUGGCCGUCGAGGACGUCCCGGCACCGGCCUUGUCUCAGCGAGUCGCGCGGCAAGAGGAAGAACGCCUCGUCUUUGCUUCCACUGUUGGUGUGGUCGUUGGUGCAGCACUAUCGCUUCUCAUCAGCGCAUGCUGGACAUAG